AUGGCUGUCGAUAUCGCUGAUGACCGUCUGGGUCUCCGUCUCCCUAACCCCCCACCACUGCUACACACUCGCGGUUCUGAAACCUUCGAUCGCCCCUCUACCCCGUCGGGCCAUGGAUUCACAAGUCCCCCACAGACCCCUCACGGCAGUCCUAGCAAGUCGCGGGCGCCGCCGGGCGCGUUGGACCUGCCCAAUGUGUUCGACAAUGCUAUGAAACUCACGCCCACAUCUCCGUCCAAAUCAACCCAUAAUCACUUCAAUCAUCCCAUGUUUACAGCCGACAGGAGCAGCAUUGAGGAUUUUAAUGAGAGCCCCAACACGCAAGUCCAACAAGGAAAACACCCCCCUACCACCCGCGCCCCCAAGGACCUGGGACCAAAGCCGACCGCAGCAGCUAUCUCUCGUCAUGAACCAUACCAGCCCCGCGAUGCGGAUACCUCUAAGCGGCAGGUCCAGCUGCGCGGCCUGACACCGGAGGAAAUGGAGAAACUCCAACAGCCCCGUGUUAAACGUCUAACAAAUGUCACUCAACUUUAUUUCCUCGACCACUACUUCGAUCUCCUCAGCUACGUUCACAAUCGUCAAACUCGCCACUCACAGUUCAAAGCCGCAUACCCGGAGCCUCCUGGAACCCCCAAUGAAGAAUAUGAGCCCGCGCUCCUAAAGUAUCUCGGUCGCGAACGGGCGCAUCUGCGCAAGCGUCGCACACGGCUGCGCCAGCAUGACUUCCAGAUACUGACGCAGGUCGGCCAGGGUGGAUAUGGACAGGUGUACCUCGCCCAGAAAAAGGAUACCCGGGAGGUCUGUGCGUUGAAGGUGAUGAGCAAGAGACUGCUGUUCAAGCUCGAUGAGAUCCGACACAUUCUCACAGAGCGUGAUAUUCUGACCGCUGCAAAGAGCGAAUGGCUUGUCAGAUUGUUGUAUGCAUUCCAGGAUGAUGACCAGAUUUACUUGGCGAUGGAGUAUGUCCCCGGUGGAGAUUUCCGUACGCUCUUGAACAACACCGGUGUCCUGCACAACCGUCAUGCGCGAUUCUAUAUCGCAGAGAUGUUCAGCUGUGUUGAUGCUCUGCAUAUCCUGGGUUAUAUCCAUCGUGAUCUGAAGCCCGAGAACUUCCUCAUCGACUCAACCGGUCACGUCAAACUUACCGACUUCGGUCUCGCGGCUGGUAUGUUGAGUCCCGGGAAGAUCGAGUCAAUGCGCGUGAAGCUGGAAGAAGUGGGCAACACACCCGUUCCAUUCGGACGGCCCAUGGAGCAGCGUACAAUGGCCGAGCGACGACAGGGGUACCGAACUCUUCGGGAGCGAGAAGUCAACUAUGCCAAAUCCAUCGUCGGGUCACCUGACUACAUGGCACCCGAGGUGCUGAAGGGCGAAGAAUACGAUUUCACCGUCGAUUACUGGAGCCUGGGAUGUAUGCUAUUCGAGGCGUUGGCAGGAUACCCACCUUUUGCCGGUGCGACCGUCGACGAGACAUGGCAGAACCUGAAGCGUUGGCAGAAGGUGCUCCGGAAGCCGGUCUACGAGGAUCCGAACUACUUCCUUUCCCGGCGCACGUGGGAUCUCAUCACAAAGCUCGUGGCGGCGAAGGAAACCCGAUUUAAGAAUAUCAAUGAGAUCCACGCACAUGAUUAUUUCGCCGAGGUCGAUUUUAAUCACCUCCGCGAACAGCGUGCUCCUUUCGUCCCGGAACUGGAUUCAGAGACUGAUGCUGGGUACUUUGAUGAUUUCAGCAAUGAGUCCGAUAUGGCCAAGUACAAGGAAGUUCAUGAUAAACAGCGCGCAUUGGAGGAUAUGGCCGAUCGCGAUGACAAGAUGAACAAGGGAUUGUUUGUUGGAUUCACCUUCCGUCAUCGCAAACCUGCCGUCGACAGCUCGGGCCGCAGUUCUCCCCGCAAACCUAUUGCGACUGAUGGCAGCUUCGGAACAAUGUUCUGA